UAUCAAUCUUAAUGGAGUGACCGCCUUGUUUGUUCAGUGCUCUGAAAUCAAUUGCCUUAGGGAUGCAUUCUAAGAAUACCACCAGGGAUUCGCCUCACUAUAAAUCAUCCACUGAUUUCUCUUUAUGGUCUCAUUCACCUCCAAUAUCAACAGGAUUCCAUACCUAAAAAGGAAAUGCGUCGGACAAUAAUGUCCCAGAUUGAGUCCGUAUACUAUCCUGCGCUGGCAGUUGUUGGUGUACCUGGUAAUGGUGUGGAAAUUGUGAUCCUGUCUCGGGGAAAGUGUGGUCUCUCCAGAUGCAUCACCCACUACCUGGUACCCAUGGCAAUGGCGGAUCUCAUGGUGAUUACCUGUAAUUUGGUAUUACGUUGGAUUGUAGUACUCCAUUGGCGGAACUCUUUCCUGCACUACACCUCUGUGUGCAAGCUUAUUCUAUUUGGCUCUUCGACUGCCAUAGACAUUUCUGUCUGGACAACAGUUGCUUUUACUUCUGAUCAUUUUGUGGCCAUUUGCUGUCUAAGGCUGAAACCAAAAUAUUGCACCAGGAGAACUGCUGCUGUGGUUAUCAUUGCUUUAAGCUUGCUGUUCUGUUUAAAGAACAUCCCAUGGUUUUUCUUGUAUAUUUCUUGUUAUACAAUUAACAAUAUUCCACGGGGUUGCCUUGUGUCACCAAAGAUUUAUACUCAAACUGUAUGGAUAGCAUUUUCCUGGAUUGAACAGUUGUUAACCCUGUUGCUUCCAUUCCUUUUGAUUUUAUUCUUUAACAUCCUCACCAUCAGAUGUAUCUUAGUAGCCAGUAAGGCCCAAAGGAACUUCUGGGAGCACAACAAAGGAGAGAGUGAGAGACAAGGACCCUGACAUGAAGAGUCACAGAGAGUCCAUAAUUUUGCUUUUUGCAAUAUCCAGCUGUUUUAUCUUGCUCUGGAUGACAACAGUCAUUUAUUUCUUGUAUUAUUGAAUUAAAAGCACUUUCAGUAAAAGAUCUAUAAUGAACAUUUUUGCAACCUUUGAAGAGGUGGAUAUUAUGCUUCAGCUUCUGAGCUGCUGCAUGAACACAGCCAUCUACACAGUCAGCCAGAGAAAGUUAAGAAAGGAGUUGCUUAAUGCCCUCAAAUAUCCCUUUAUACGGAUUGGCAAAUGCAUUAAAUAAGGACAAUGGCUGCACAAAAAGAGCUGUCUCCCCCAAUAUGACAACCAACUCCUCAUCACAAUUAUCACUUCAAUUUACUACAGGUAUUCACCUACUGGGCUAAAUGUUUCCUGUAAAUUAAUUUGUUGUCAAGAGAAAUGAGAAUCAAAACCAUCA